CUACACAUAGGAAAGGAGAAGGCAAAGGAAAAGCAAUGGGGAGCAAUUGGCUCUUCAAACAGGGCUACAAAUCCACGGCUCUCAGAAAUUGGAAGCUGUCGAGGAGAAAAGCGAACAACCACGGGGCAAAUUCCAUUGAAGCAGAGUCGUUGGAACGAAGCCUUACUCCCUCCCUCCACAGCCCUCUAGCGGCCUUCGUGUUAAAUAGAGUCUGGCGCUUCGAGCAUGGUGGUCUCCUCCUCCUCACCCCUGCCGUGCCGUGCUUAAGUGCGCGCGCUGGUGCUGCAGCCCAGUCCAGUUAGAUUCUGCAGGCCACGACUGUCUUCCCAUGACCCGACGCCACGUUCCGCGAGCAGUCGGCCAGUCAGGAUCAAAAAGAGCCGUUUGGCGAACGGAUUUUUUGAGGCGAUCCGACCCAUACCUAUUUGAAGGGAACGCUCGCACACCCUCGGCUUGUUGGAAGAAGUUAAACCGGAAUAUGUUCCAAGUGGUCGGUUAUCCUCUUUCCUUGUGAUCUUGUGCGUUGCAAGAUUAAAGGAUAGUUCGUGGAUGAUUGUGGGGGAAAAGGUAGCUAGAAUGUUGAAUAUUAUGCGAAGAUGAGUGGUUGGUGUGUGGAUGUGUGGAUGUUUCUUGUCUGCUUCCCUUCCAAUGAGCAGCCGUUGAACAUGUUUCCUCUCACCAUUUGUGCCGCAGAAGAUAGCUUUCAUCUCGACUCAGAAGAGUUACUUAUUAUUUAUUUAGGCGACUUGUAAAACCCGCUAGAGUCGGGCGCAAACC